GCAUCAUAUUCAAAUGCUUUCGAGCGCUUCCGACGUCCUGGCGGGCGAACGACGUCACAGCCCGGCGACGCUGGCCGUAGAGCUGGCAGAAGUGUUCACGCAUGGGAGCCAAGCAAGACGGUUGACGUACGUGCGUCUUCGCGGGCUGCUGGAGGCCCACCUGUCGUUCGAAGAAGCGCAGACGUUGUUCAGCGAAUCCAUCGACAACCAACGCGUGCGGGUGCUGCGCCUUGCCAGUCUGGUCGAAACCCUCAUCAUCAAGCAUCACCUCGACACCGCGGACGCCGACACCCUUCGCGUCAUUUCCCAGGACGUCACCGGCUACGCCACGCCCACGCUGCUCCAUCACGCCAUGUUCACCAAGAACAUAGCCAGCAUCUUCACGCCCGAGCAACAGGCAGCAUGGGGCAUGUCCAUCGACUCGUUCCAGUGGCUCGGGUGCUAUGCCCAGACCGAGCUCGGCCACGGCUCCAACCUCCGCUCCCUUGAGACCACCGCGACGUUCGUCCCCGAGCUCGAUAUGUUUGAGCUCCACUCGCCGACCCUCACGUCCAUCAAGUACUGGCCUGGCGCACUAGCCAGUACCGCCAACAUAGCCGUCGUGUACGCGAGACUUCUGAUCCGCGGGAAGGACUUCGGCGUCCACAGCUUCCUCGUACAGUUGCGCGAGUUUGCCACACACAAGCCCCUUCCAGGCAUCACCGUCGGGCACAUUGGAAACAAGCUGGCGUUCAAUACCGUGGACAACGGGUACUUGAAAAUGAACCACGUGCGCAUUCCACGCCUCCAUAUGGCCAUGAAGUUCGCGACGGUGGCCCGCGAUGGCACGUUCUCUAGAGUCGACGGUGCAAAGCGAGAGAUGUCGUACUUUACGAUGCUCCAAAUGCGCUUUCACAUGAUGCACGGCAGUGCCAAAGCCCUGUCCAAAGCUGUCACCAUCGCGGUGAGAUAUUCAGCCAUCCGGUUACAAGGACUCGACGGGUCGGCCCCUCGACGCGAAGUGCACGUGCUGGACUACCAGUCGCAACAACACCGGGUGCUCCCGCGGAUCGCGGAAAGCUUUGCGAUCUUCGCGACGAGCCAAGUGUACUCAACCUUCUGCACCCAAGCCACGACCAUGGUCGACCAGGGCGAAUCUAUCGACGCCACGACGCUGGCCAUGGCGCACGCCGUCAGCUGUGCGCUAAAGGUCGUGUGCAGUGAACUGUGCACCCGCGGUAUUGAAAUCUGUCGACGCGCGUGUGGGGGCCACGGGUACUUGCAAUCGAGUGGGUUGCCGGAAUUGGGAGGAUUUGCCGCCCAGUUUGUCACGGCCGAAGGCGAGAAUUACGUGAUUUCGCAGCAAACCACGCGCACGCUAUUGAAGCUCGUACGUGGGUAUCGCCUGGGCGCGGCCUUGCCCCCAGCCCUCCAAAUAUUUCAAAGCCUCGACCAAGGCGUGCCACCGACCUUGACAUCUUCCGAUUACGACCAGCUGUUCCAAGUCCGGUUUCUGGUGCUACUCAAGCAAUUCGAAGACAUGGCGGCGUUGUAUCCUUCGCUGGACGACGCCAUCCACGCCAAUUUGAUCGAAUCACAUCACUUGGCACUGUGCUAUGGCAAGUACGUCCUCGUGCACGAAUUCUCGGCCCAUCUCACCAGCCUGUCUCCAUCUACCAAAUCCAUCACAACAUCCCUAUUUGACCUGUUUUGCGUGACCCAACUCCAAGAGGACUUGGCCGAUUUCAUUGGCUUGGUCAACUUGCCAGCUUCCGUUCGUGGAAGCCUCCAUGAUCGGCUGGUCGCGCUGCUGGCUGCCGUCCGCCCGCACGCGGUGGCCCUUGUGGACUCCUUUGACCACUCCGACAUCAGCCUCAACUCGACCCUCGGCCGCGCACAUGGUCAAGUGUACGAGUCGCUCAUGCAGUCCAGCCUUCUCUACGCUAAGGACGACGCCAUUCCCGGGUUUACAGACUACCUCCAGCCCCUCCGUCGCCUACACGAGUCCAGGUUGUAAGUGGUGCCGCCGAUCGCUGGUAAAGAGCCACACAGCGGCAAGGAUGUGACACAGUGAAACGUUGGUUGUACUCUCCAGUGCUAGGACCAGGAUAACGUUCAUGGAUGUGUAUAAU